AUGCUUGGAUUGCUCACAUCGCUGGCCCUUUGGUGCCUUGUGAUCAACAUUAAGGGCUCAGCUGCGUGCAUCUCCGGGGAGAGGGAUGUGCUGGCUGCCUUCAACGCUACCAUCAGCGAUCCUGAUAGGAGGUUGAGCUCGUGGCAAGGAGAAAACUGCUGCAACUGGGGUGGCAUCAGCUGCAGCAAGAAGACCGGCCAUGUCGUCAAGCUGGACCUUGGUGGUCACUCCCUCAAAGGUGAGAUCAGUCCAUCUUUGGUGGGUUUGACCAGAUUGGUGCACCUCCCGGAAUUCAUAGGCUCUUUCAAGAUGUUGAAGUAUCUUGAUCUGUCGCAUGCCGGUUUUGGCGGAACGGCUCCUCCUCAACUUGGUAAUUUGUCCAGACUCAGCUACCUUGAUCUGGGUUCAUUUGGAGGUCCUGGGAUCAUUGUGGAUAAUUUCCAUUGGGUUUCCAAGCUGAAUUCCCUGAGGUAUCUGGACCUCAGUUGGUCCUAUCUUGCUGCCUCCGUGGAUUGGCUGCAGGCAGUGAACAUGCUCCCGUCACUCCAAGUGCUUCGCCUGAAUGAUGCUAGUCUUCCUGCCACCGACCUCACUUCUCUUUGUCAAGUUAACUUCACUUCCCUUAAGCUGCUUAAUCUGAAGAAUAACGAUCUGAAUUCCUCCAUGCCGAAUUGGAUUGUCAAGCUAUCUGCCCUUUCAGAGUUGGACAUGACUAGUUGUGGGCUUUCAGGCAUGAUUCCUGAUGAACUUGGCAGACUGACUUCACUUACGUUCAUAGGGCUAGGGGACAACAAGUUGACUGGAGCAAUACCAACAUCAGCUAGUAGGUUGUGCAACUUGGUUCAAAUCAGUUUGUCCGGGAACAUCUUGUCAGGAGAUAUUGCAGAAGCAGCCAAAAGCCUGUUUCCCUGUAUGAAGCGGUUGCAGAUCCUUGACCUUGCUGGUAACAACUUAAUUGGAAGCCUGUCUGGUUGGCUUGAGGUCAUGUCAAGUUUAAGAGUUCUUGACCUCAGCCGGAACUCACUGUCUGGAGUUGUUCCACGCAGUAUUGGUAACCUAUCAAGCUUGAUAUACUUGGAUAUAUCCUUCAAUAAAUUUAAAGGCACAUUAUCAGCACUCCACUUUGCCAAUUUAUCAAGAUUGGAUACUUUAGAUUUAGCAUCAAAUUCGUUCAAGAUUGUAGUCAAACAAAGUUGGGUGCCACCUUUUCAGCUCAUAAAUCUUGGGCUGCAAGAUUGCCUUGUAGGACCAGAGUUUCCAACUUGGUUGCGAUCACAAACUAGAAUCGAGAUGAUCGAUCUAGGCAGUGCAGGCAUCAGGGGUCCAUUACCUGACUGGAUCUGGAACUUCUCGUCAUCAAUGACUAGCUUAGAUGUCUCAACAAACAACAUAACUGGUAAGUUGCCUGCAAACUUGGAGCAAUCGAGAAAGCUCACAACUCUGAUCAUGGGGAGUAAUAAACUUGAGGGAAACAUUCCAGAUUUGCCACCUAGCAUCCGAGUGUUGAAUCUAUCUGACAACAGCUUAUCGGGCUCAUUGCCACAAAGCUUGGGAGAUAAAGAUUUGCAUUACCUAUCUCUGUCAAAAAAUUCCAUUAGUGGAGUAAUCCCAACAGAUUUGUGCAACAUGAUGUCAAUGGAACUGAUUGACCUAUCUGAUAACAACCUUUCUGGAGAGCUUCCCAAUUGUUGGCGGGAGGAAUCGAAACUGUAUGUCAUAGACUUUUCAAGCAAUAACUUAUGGGGAGAAAUACCAUCCACCAUUGGUUCUCUAAAUUCCCUUAUGUCACUAGAUCUCAGCAAGAACGGCUUAUCUGGAAUAUUGCCCAACUCAUUGCAGUCAUGUCAAAUGUUGACGUUACUUGAUCUGGCAGAAAAUAAUUUGUCAGGAAACAUACCGAGAUGGAUAGGUGACAGUCUAAAAUCUCUGGUAUUUUUGCGUUUAGGGCUCAAUCAGUUUUCUGGUGAAAUACCUGAACAACUGUCCCAACUUCCUGAUCUGCAAGAUUUGAAUCUUCGUGACAACAAACUCUCUGGCCCUGUACCACGGUUUCUGGGAAAUUUAACAGCUUUCCACUUGUUCAACAAAAACCAGAUAACAUCUCCUUUUGUUCAGUUAAAGGUUCCUGGGAACACUUACGCGUUGGGUACCUACCGUGCUUACUUUUCUGUGUACACAAAUACCUCGGGGGCAGUAUACCUGUUGAAGGGCAUUGAUCUCUCAGCAAACCUGUUAACUAGUGAGAUUCCAAGUGAAAUAGGAUUUCUAUCUGGAUUACUUUAUUUGAAUCUGUCAAGGAACCGCAUUGGAGGAAGUAUCCCUGGUGAAGUGGGGAAUAUGCUCAUGUUAGAGGCACUCGAUCUAUCAUCGAAUGAUCUAUCAGGUCCAAUUCCCCACAGCUUGACGUCACUAACGCAUUUGUCCUACCUGAAUUUGUCUUACAAUGAUCUCUGUGGGCAUCCACUUGACGGAAUCUGUGGACCCGAGAGUGACAAACACCGGCACCGGAAGCAUCCUCUCAGAUUUGACAUGCUCACAUGUCUGUUUACACUGCUCGGGUUUGCAUUCGGAAUCUCCACUGUUUUCACAACCUUCAUAUGCAGCACGGUCACGAGGAAGGCUUACUUUCAGUUCACCGACAGGGUACUUCGCAAGCUGCACAAUGCAGUUGAGAUGAGGCUUAGCAUCAACAGGAUGCCAGCAGGAAGAGAGCCCUCCUUGGCAAUCAGGAUUCAGGACUCCAUCACUUGCUACAAUCUGGAACAACCUUCCGCUGUUAGUAUGUAA